AACGGGAGCAACAGGUCUAAGGAGACCUUUUCCACACCUAUAGUUUCACCAGGUAAUCGGGAUCCUUCGGCUGUGAGCCGAACGCGCUAGACCACUGACCUGGUGCUUCUGCGAUCCACCAGGAAAGCUAAGGAGGAAAGACGGGGGUGUUAUUUCCACGUGGCUGCAUGGUGAGCUGCGCCAGUAGAGUGUGUGUGUGGCUGCACGGUGAGUUGCGCCAGUAGUAGAGUGUGUGUGUGGCUGCACGGUGAGCUGCGCCAGUAGAGUGCGUGUGUGUUCUGCUGUAAUAUUCUAUCUUACGACAAGACACAUACGCACGUAUACAUCGUAUUAAUAUAAAAUGUAACCAGAAAAGAUAAAUUAUAUCUGAACUUUAUGUAACGAUUAAAACAAUGAGUUCCAGGAGAAGUGUUGUUUCCAGUACGAAGAUCUGGAUGGUUAGUGUAGCACUUCUGUCUUCACACACACUCCUGGCUCUCCUGCUGUGGAACGUGUUGGGGAUGACGUACCUGGAGGAGGUUCGUAUAGGUGCUCGCGGGCCAUUGCCUGCUGACCAUCCUGCAGUUCUCUCUCUCGUCAAGAACACCUUCCUUAACCCACCUUCUGUUUUACCUUACAACCUCUCCACGGAUCCCAUUUACACUAAAGCCAAAAACUUAGGUACUUGGAAUUUCAUCUAUGAAAAUAUUGCAAAGGUGUUUCAAGGUCAGCGAGGAGGCUUCUUUGUGGAGGCUGGAGCCCUGGACGGCGAGCGAGGCUCCAACACACUGUGGCUGGAGCAGGAGCUUGGCUGGACAGGUCUCCUGGUGGAGCCCAAUCCGCUCAGUUAUCAGAAGUUACUGAGCAAGCAACGCAAAGCCUGGAUCUCCAAUACUUGCCUCUCCCCUGAGCCAUUCCCCUUGGAAUCAGUACUUGUUUCAUACAGCAGGAGGGACAUGGGACAACUCAGAGCCCUUGAGAAUGCCAUAACGUACAUCGGGUCAUCACAUUUACUGGGAGCCACUCUGGAAUCACACGCAUUCGACUAUGUCUUCAAGGAGUCUGAUAAAUCCUAUUUCAGCACGCAGUGCUUUCCUCUGGAGUCUUAUCUGUUGGCGCUCAACGUGUCGACGAUCGACUUCUUAUCAUUAGACAUCCAGGGAGUGGAAAAACGCAUCCUGCAAAAUGUACCAUGGAACACACUCAACUAA